CGAACUAAAAUGCACCACCCAUUUUUCUGAUAACUUAUCUAUCUGUGACGACAAUAAAGACCGCUGUAGUCACAAUUAAUCCGAGUUUCGCGAAUUUCCUGAAUUUUGAUUGUACUAUAUUUAGACUGUGUACGUGCUGAUUUGGUUUGAACGACCAGUGUGUUGCGGAGCCAAUUUUAGCCAACUAAUAAUAAGUAGACAGUGGUUAUUCCCCGGUUAAACAUGCGGCCACAGCACUUUUAGCAACGAAUGUUUAGUUUUAUCAGACACCUCAUAAAAAUUUUUGCUUUAAAACCAGUCUUGAAUGAGUUGAUCAUCUGAUAUUGACACAGUACUCUUUGAUCUUUAAUCCGCGACUGUUCGCCGGGGCUGCAUGAAAAAUAUUAAAACAUGGAGCGAGGUUCUGUUCUGCUGGACAUAUCCCCCACAGAAAUUGGGGAGAAGAAAACCAAACUAAUGCACAUAUACCAAAUCGUUAGAAUUAUCAGCAACGCAUGUGAUCAAAAAAAUCUCUCCCAAAUAAGAAAACUUUAUGUUAAUAAUCCACCCUUACAAAGAAUUCCAGCAUUGCAGACAGUAAACGAAACUACACUUACAAAAGCAGAAACAAGAAAUGAGUUUCGACACAACGUAAUAGACUUAUUGUUGCUAGAUUCUUACAAUGACUGUCAAGAUGAUAACAACGAAUUAUUAUUUUUUGCUUCUGCAAAAUUUGAGUUAACAAGACUGCAAGAAAUUCUCAAAGAACUGAAGAAAGAUUUUAGUACUUAUUCUCAAAACGUUAAUCAAACAAGGUAUUCGGAUUCUGCCAUCCUUUUCGUAUUAAAAUAUGGAAACACAAAAAACGAAAAUUUUUUUAAUUGCAUCAAUAUUUUAGUUGAGGCGGGUGUCGACAUCAACAUAUUUGACAUCAAAGGAAAAACAGCCAUUGACUACGUUGGUAUUUUACACGAGUAUAAUAAGCACGAUCCUAAUGUACAAGAAGCGUUGCGAGAAGUCGCACGAUUGCUAUUACGAAAAGGAAUUUAUAAACCUGACAACAAGAAAACAUUGGAUUUUCUUUCACAGGAAUUGAAAAUCGACGUUGAACAAUACGAGUUUAGUACCAUGGAUCAAAAAACGCAGUUGUUUUAUUGGAUUAUUAAAAACAAAACAGACGAAUUCUUGGGUUUUAAAGACAUCAAAAAACUAGUAGAUGAAGAUAAUGGGGAAAAUACAUUGUUACAACUUGCCUGUAAGAAAACGGACAACAUGUUACCUGUUGUACAGUUUUUACUGAAAAACGGAGCAGAUCCAAAUAGAACAACAAAAUUGAAUUAUCUGACACCCUUAGAACUGGCCGGAAUGAACAACAACCAGAAGAUUUUUGAAGAAAUCUUAAAACAUAAAAAAACAGAAAUCAGACAAAAACAGUAUAAUAAUUUUGUUAGGUGGCGUUCGCAAUCAAUGAAAGUAAAACUUUUUGAACUCGUGCUAGAAUCACAAAAAUUAGAUCCCAAUUUUACGUAUGACAAAACCGGAAAUACUCCUUUACAUUAUGCCAUUAUUUUUUCUCAUAAGAAGGCGAUACAGAAUUUGCUCAAGCUGCAUUCAUCUCUUAUUGUAAGAAAUAAACUUGACUAUAGUGCUCUAGACAUUAUAGAUUCUGAAGAUCUUGAAAAAUAUUUUGACUCUUGUCUAGCUUUAGAUAAUUAUACUCCCUACUUCAGCGAUCUUAAUUACAAAAUGCAGUUUCGCUUUAACUGUUUGAUUGAUGACAAAAGUUCGAGGGAAGUUAAAGUUGUUUCAAAGGUUGGCAAACACCCCAAUUUAGAACAUCUUCUAACACAUCCGUUCAUUCACACUUUUAUCACUUUAAAAUGGUUCAAAAUCAAGAUUUAUUUUUGGAUUAUAUUGUUCUUGCAAGCAAUUAUGUUCAUAGUGCUAUCUUUACUUUUUUAUCGUCUUCCUAAAGCGUCCACGGAGGAAUUUUCGUGUUGUAUUUUCUUUGCUGUUGUUAAUAUUAUAUUAAAAGCACCAAUAUUUUUGUAUUUUAGAAUUAAAAACAAAGCUCCUGUAUUCUUUGCAUUAAAACGAGCCGCACUACACGGCGCCCUUGAAAUUCUUUUAAUAGUAACUUUAAUUGGAAGUUUUUUCCAAAAUCAGUUUCGUGCAUUCGUAUUCGUAGAAAUGGCAAUUUCAUUUCUACUCACUGCUGGCUACCAUCCAAAACUGUCGAAAUGGUCGCUUAUGUUACAACAAGUUUUUAAAACAUUCACUGUACUUUUAAUAUUUUUCUCUCUAAUAAUAAUUUCCUUCAGCAUUGGCUUUCACAUUUUAUUUCCUGAUGAUGAAUUUUUCAAAAAUUUCUUUACGUCAAUUUUUAGAACUUAUAUUAUGACAACUGGGGAAUUCAAUAUUGAAGAGUCUGGUAGCUUUGAUCAUUCUGGUUUUGUUGGCUAUUUAUUAUUUCUUCUUUUCGCUAUGAGCAUGGCUUUAGUUAUAGUUAAUUUCUGGACUGGUGUUGCAGUAACUGACAUAGAAAGAAUUGAGAAAAACUCAGAAAUCAAUGCCUCUAAAAAUGUCAUCAUAUUUAUGUUAUUCAUAGAUUAUCUCUACACUAUAAAAUAUUUAUCUCAAAUUCGAAAAUAUAUUGUAAACCCCUUAUUGUUUUUACGAAUAAACGACCAUGGGCACAUUUUCCACAACCCUGAAAAGUGUGAAGUAAAUUUUUUUGUAAAUAAGGGAAAUCAGUUUGAGGAAAAAGAGGGAUUUCCCUCAAAAGUGGACAAUGAAUGUUUCACCAAAAUAAGGUGUCAUUAUUAUAAAUUAGCAAAAGUACCCAGCGAAACAGAAAUUUUAACUAGAUUGGAGGAAAUUUCAAAAAUGUUGACUGAAGUAAAAGCGAAAUGUGUUAAAAAUGAAACACGCAGUUUCGACUCCAAACCAAGGAAAACCAUGAAAAAAGAAAAAGAUAAGUAAGAAUUUGACACCAAUAAAUAAUUUAUGUAACCAUUUAUAUUU